AUGACCAGAACCAAAGCUUUGAUGAUGGUUGAAAAGUCAAACGUGCUCAAAUGGCCAAGACAUACCAGAUUUACACCCGCCAAGAAGUUCUCCAACAAAUACUGCAGAUUUCAUCAAGAAAAAGAGCAUGAUACAGAGGAAUGCUUCCAGUUAAAGGAUGAAAUUGAAAGAUUGGUAAGACAAGGAUACUUUAGGGAUCGUAUAUUGAGUGAGCAUAAGCCAAAGAGAGAUGACUCAAGGAGGAACAGGUCGAGGAGUAGGGAUCGCCACUCGAACUCCAUGAGGGAAGAUAGAGUGCCAGCGACCAAGGAGAAUGCCCCGAUAAAGGGGGUAAUCCAUACAAUAGCGGGAGGUCCAAGUGGGGGCAAUUCUAGGAGAAUGAGGAAGCAAUAUGAGAGAGCAAGUGGAUCGAACAGAAUUCGCGAAUUUGUGAUGAACGUAAAGAAAAAGGAGGAAAUUUCAUUCAGUAGUAAGGAUAAGCAACAAGAGAUAGAGUCGUUGAACGACCCCAUGGUCAUUAGAAUGGACAUCGCCAACUUUAUAGUGCAUAAGGUGUUGGUAGAUAACGAGAGUUCAGCCGAUAUCAUCUUUAAAGAUGUAGUGAAAAGGAUGGGACUCGAGCAUGCUAAAUUGGAGCCAGUAAAAACCCUGCUCGUAGGAUUCGGGGGCAGUGAGGUUACAUCUUUAGGCACUAUAGAGCUACCAGUUUCUAUAGCGGAUGAACCUAGGCGAAGGACUUUGAUGGUUAGAUUUUUGGUAGUAGACACCCCGUUCGCUUAUAAUGUGAUAUUGGGAGACCGGGUUUGA